AUGACGAAACGGACCAACUUGAGGCGUGAAAGGGAAAUACAGAGAAGAAUACAAGAAGCUGAAGAACGAGAAUUCCAAGAGGUUGUGCGUCAGAACAAUCAUGCCAAUCAAGUGAGAGGACGCGAACGUUAUCGCACGCUCCAUAACCAAAAUGAGGAAAUUGAUGGAGAACAGGGAGGAAUUAUACCACAAGGCAGAGAAAUUGCAAGAAUUCCACAGGAGCGCACAGAAGAAGAUGAAAGGUAUAAUGACGCCCGAAUGCAUGCAAGAGAUGAAAGAGAGAGGCGUAGAAGAAGGAGAGAUGAAGACGAAGAGCAAUAA